AUGGUGCUUUACAGAGAGCCACGGCUGCUGGAGUUUGCAAAGACCCCAUCGCAUCUUCAGUUCAACAAAUAUGUUCUGACAGGUUACCGGCCGGUGUGCACAGCUCAGGAAUGCAUCAGCAGCUUAUUUUACAUGCACAAUGAGCUGGGGAACAUCUACACACAUGGCAUCCCUUUUUUCCUUUUCUUGGUGCUGCUGCCUUUCAGUAUCCCCUGGGAGGAGGUGGACAGCAUCUGGAUUUGUGUGGUCCACUACCUGGCCUGCCUCUCCCCCACCAUAGGCUCAGUGGUCUACCAUGUGUUCAUGAACCAUGUGGGAGGAGAGCAUGUGUACGACACUCUCCUCUCCCUGGACAUGUUCGGGGUCUGCCUGGUUAACACCCUCGGGGCACUCCCCAUCAUCCACAUCACCCUUCUUUGCUACCCCAUCCUUAGACAGACUGCCCUGCUGGCCUACAUCCUCCUGUCUACCUGGGGCAUCUACUGUGCCACAACGGCCCGCACUAACGUCCUGCGCCUAAGAGCGUUUGUGUGGCAGGCCCUGUUCCGCUUUAGCCUCUUCCUGUUCCGGGUUUUCGGCAGCGGGGUGGGCAGCCCCAACUCCCUGCGCCUCUUCGUCAUCAUGGACACCCUAGCUGUUGUGGGUGGAUUGGUCAACAUUAUCCAAAUCCCAGAGCGCUUCGUCCCUGGCUACUUCGAUAACUGGGGAAACAGCCACCAGAUCAUGCAUGUUAUGGUCAUUUGCUCGAUUAUCUACCUGCACUGGGGAACACUGGAGGAUUUAGCCUGGAUUAAGACCUACCAGUGUUCUACUGAGUGAUGCCAAGUGUAUCAACCACACACCCACGAUGCACUCAGGACUACAUUGAUAGCGAAGCGGUUUAGGUGUAAAAAGCAGAGUGGUUUUAAAAUGCACUUUAGUCCUAGCUGCUGAAAGGGAAGUUUGCAAUUUGACAUUUUGCCAGUGCAGAAACAGGAGGAGCUUAAUGCUCUAAUUGUGGUCCUCCAGUAUAAAAAUUUCAAAUAAAAAAUCCUGAGCAUACUUGAUUUUCAGUUUGCUGAAAUACAGUAGUAUUGGGUCGCAUUACCCA